GGCCUUAAACUAUGGUCUUUCUUUUUGACGUGAGUUGAUUUUCGUGAGAUAAUCAAAAUGCAAUUACACAUUCGUGGACAACAAACACACGUGUUAGAGGUUCAACCCUCAGAAACAAUUGAAAAUGUCAAGGCAAAGUUAGCACUCCUUGAGAAUGUCAUGGACAUUGAUUUUACCCUCUCUUGUGAAGGAAGUAUCUUGGCAAACGAUUGUGAAGUCUCAUCUUUGGGAAGCAUCGAAUUGGAUUUGACUGUUCCAUUGUUAGGAGGUAAAGUGCACGGAUCAUUGGCUCGUGCUGGCAAAGUCAAGGGACAAACACCAAAAGUUGAGAAACAAGAGAAAAGAAAGAAGAAGACCGGACGUGCAAAGAGACGUAUCCAAUUCAACCGUCGUUUUGCUAAUGUUGUUCAAGCUUUUGGACGACGACGUGGUCCUAACGCAAAUUCAGCAUAAGAAAUUUUGUAAUGUCUUAAUAAGCUUAUGCAUUUUCUGAAAUAAAAUUAUUUGAUGGAAGUCACCUUUCCAACAGAAU